AUUCACAUUCGCCCGCUCAAAAUAAUUCCCGCGUCCCCGCCCGCCGCGGCCUCUCUCUCUCGAUCGAAUCUCUUUCGAAUUUUCCAAAACCGCACCAAACGCCCAAAAAUUUCCCCCAAAUCUUUCCCUCCCCCCUCCACCGAAUUUCCAAAUCCCCAAAUCGGAGGAAAUGGCUUCCCUCCAACUCGAAUUCCCUUCGAAUCUCAUCUCCCUCCCUCCCAUUUCUGUUCGCGCACCGGCUACUUAAUCGUCACACCUGAUCCCCCGCUGCCCAAUCCCUCCUCCGCCUCCGCCUCCGCUUCCGCUCCGCCGCCGCCUGCCUCGCCGCGCCGCCGUGCUAGGAGGAGGAGGAGGGAGCAGCCGCGGAGAUGGCCGGCAAGGAGAACGCCGCGGCGGCGCAGCCCCGCCUCACCCGCGCCGCCGCCAAGCGCGCGGCCGCCGUCACCGCCGUGGCCGUCGCCGCCAAGCGCAAGCGCGUCGCGCUCAGCGAGCUCCCCACGCUGUCCAACAACAACGCCGUGGUGCUCAAGCCGCAGCCGGCGCCCAGGGGCGGCAAGAGGGCCGCCUCCCACGCCGCCGAGCCCAAGAAGCCAGCUCCGCCGCCGGCGCCGGCGGUGGUGGUCGUGGUCGACGACGACGAGGAGGGGGAGGGGGAUCCGCAGCUCUGCGCGCCCUACGCCUCCGACAUCAACUCCUACCUCCGCUCCAUGGAGGUGCAAGCGAAGCGGCGGCCGGCGGCGGACUACAUCGAGACGGUGCAGGUGGACGUGACGGCCAACAUGCGAGGCAUCCUGGUCGACUGGCUCGUCGAGGUCGCCGAGGAGUACAAGCUCGUCUCCGACACGCUCUACCUCACCGUCUCCUACAUCGACCGCUUCCUCUCCGCCAAAUCCAUCAACCGCCAGAAGCUGCAGCUCCUCGGCGUCUCCGCCAUGCUCAUCGCCUCGAAGUAUGAGGAGAUCAGCCCCCCAAAUGUGGAGGAUUUCUGCUAUAUAACCGACAAUACCUAUAUGAAACAGGAGGUUGUCAAGAUGGAGCGCGAUAUACUGAAUGUUCUCAAGUUUGAGAUGGGCAAUCCUACAACCAAGACGUUCCUGAGGAUGUUCAUCAGAUCUAGCCAAGAAGACGAUAAGUAUCCUAGCCUUCCCUUGGAGUUCAUGUGUAGCUAUCUUGCCGAGCUGAGCCUGCUGGAGUACGGCUGUGUUCGGCUCUUGCCAUCCGUUGUUGCAGCCUCAGUGGUGUUUGUUGCAAGGCUAACCCUUGAUUCAGACACCAAUCCUUGGAGCAAGAAGUUGCAAGAGGUGACCGGCUACAGGGCAUCUGAGUUGAAGGAUUGCAUUACCUGCAUACAUGACUUGCAGCUAAACAGGAAAGGGUCAUCUCUAAUGGCUAUCCGGGACAAGUACAAGCAACAUAGGUUCAAGGGCGUAUCAACAUUGUUACCCCCUGUUGAGAUCCCUGCAUCAUACUUCGAAGACCUAAACGAGUAGAUGUUACUGGAUGAUGAUGUGGUGAGAUUAAGAUUGAGCUUUCCUCAAGAUAGAUCCAUGGUGACUGAAGUUGAAAGGGGGCUUGUCAGUACACUCAGUACAAGAGAUGUCCUACCUUGGAUGCUGGACUGUCAAAGCUUAGCUAGGAGCUCUUAGGGUUGAUUUAUUAAGCUGAAGCUUAGUACACUUCAGUAAGAUGCUAGGCAUGUGGAGAGUUGUACCUCUGUAUCAUAUUCAUACAUUACAACCUGAUGCCUUAAUUUUUGGGCCAGAACUGCAAUACUUGAUUUGCUAGUCCUCAUGCCAUUUUUUCUUUGCUAUUGAUUAUUUGAUUCUUUUAUUCAUAUAGCUUGGCUGUUAGCCUGUUACUACUAUAGUUAAGAUGCCUUUUAGUAGGCAGUUCCACA